AUGUCUGAGGAUAUUACUACCUGUGAAAUGCUGUCCUUCUGGGAUGUGGCCAUCGAGUUCUUUCCAGAAGAGAGGGAAUGUCUGGACUCUGCUCAGUGGAAUCUGUACAGGGAUGUGAUGCUGGAGAAUUACAGCCACCUUGAAUUCCUGCGUCUUGGUGUCCCUAAGUCACACCUGGUGACAUUUCUGGAGCAAAGACCAGAGCCUUCAGAUGGGGAGAGACAAGCGGCAGCCACGGUGCACCCAGGAACAAUACCCGAAGAUUUUAGUAUUUUCUCCGAGACCAUUGAUUAUAACUCACUACAUAUUCAAUGCCAGAGAAUUCAUACAAGGGAGAAACCCUACAAGUGUGAAGAAUGUGGUAAGGGCCUUAGUUCUUAUAAAGCACUUUCUAUACACCAGAGACUUCACACUGGUCAAAAACCCUACACGUGUAAAGAAUGUUACAAGGCCUUCAAUACUCGCUCAUCUCUUUUUAUACACCAGAAAAAUCAUACUGAUGAAAAAACCUACAAGUGUGGAGAAUGUGGCAGAUCAUUUUACUAUCCUUCAAUGUUGAAGCAACAUCAAAGGAUUCAUUCUAGAGAGAAACCCUACAAAUGCAAAGCAUGCGGCAGUUGUUUCUUCUCGUUUUCAUGCCUUAGACAACAUCGAAGAAAUCAUACUAGAAAGAAAUCAUACAAGUGUAAGAGGUGUGGCAAAUGUUUUUGCUUCAUUUCAUCCCUUUGGCAACAUCAGACAAUUCACUGUAAAGACAAUCCCUACAAGUGUGAGGACUGUGGCAGAAGCUUUAAGUCUUCUUUAUCCCUCAGACGACAUCAAACAAUCCAUUCAGCACACAGUCCUUAUACCUGCGUACACUGCGGCAAAUGGUUCCCUGUUCUAGGGCUCUUCGGGAUCAUCAAACAAUUCACACUGGAGAGAAACCCUACAAGUGUGACGAAUGUCACAAAGCCUUUCAUUACCACUCAUCCCUUAAGACACACAGGAGAGUUCAUAUGGAAGAGAAACCCUACAAGUGUGAGGAGUGUGACAAAGCCUUCCAUUAUCACUCAUCCCUUUGACGACACAAGAAAGUUCAUAAUGGAAAGAAAUCCUAUAAGUGUAAGAAGUGUGACAGAUGUUUUAACUCAUCUGUAUCCCUUAGACAACAUCAAAAAAUCCAUUCUGAAGACAAUUGUCAUACCUGUGUACACUGCAGCAAAAGGUUUUCAAAGUCUAGGGAUCUUCGGGUUCACCAAAGAAUUCAUACUGGAGAGAAACCAUACAAUUGUGAAGAAUGUCACAAAGCCUUUCCUUAUCUCAAUUCCCUUAGGAGACACAGGAAACUUCAUACUGGAGAGAAACCCUAUACAUGUGAAGAAUGUAACAAAACCUUUCAUUGUAAUUCAUCCCUUAGAAAUCAUAAGAGAGUUCAUACUGGAGAGAAACCCUACACGUGUGAAGAAUGUCACAAAUCCUUUCAUCUUAACUCAUCUCUUAGUAGACACAAGAGACUUCAUACUGGAGAGAAUCCCUACAAAGGUGAAGACUGUGACAAGUGCUUUUCCUCAACUUCAUCCUUCUUAUGACAUAAAAUACUCAUUAUGUGGAGAAUCCCUAAAAUUUUGGGGAAUGUAGCAAAGACUUUAUUAAUCUUAAUAUCCUUGUUCAACACAUGAUAUAGUUAAUGCAGGAGAGAAAUUCAACACAUAUCUUAAAAAAGUUUACUUCUUAAAGCACAUCAAAUGAUUCAUUCUGACUGCAAACUUCAUGAGUGUGUCAAAUGUGUUAAAAUCUUUGCUAACAAAUCAGAAAUUAUUCUCCUGGAAUAGUUCAUCACUUUGGGAUGUCAACAUCAACAUGUAACUUACUAGGGCGCGAAUACUAAGAAUGUCCUCAGAGAACAGCAGAGACCUCUCUUUGCUGUAACUCCCCACAGUUUGUUCAGUCAAUGUGUUUAAAACUUGCCUGCAUUAAUAAGUCUCCAUCUUCUGUAACCAUAAAUGCUCCAUGAAUCCUUUACCGUGCCACAGCUUUGUCCAUUGGUUGCCCAGAAUCUGAGAUCUGGACUGUGGCAUAGUUACUGUUGUUUUUCUCAAUGAAGUCAUCCAAACUGCUCUAGUAUCUCCCCCUUGGUGUGUAAGAAGCUCUGCUUCUCUGAGCUAGCAGAUUUUCACCCAGCAUUUGAAUCUAUAUUGAUAAUCCUUAUUGGUAAAAUAAAAGGACAGAGACAGAGUUAAAACUGUAUAAAUACUCUUGCCAUCUAAGACACCCACAGCGAGGCAGCAGCUGUGGCUGCAGAGGUGUAGCAGAAUUUGAACAGAUACCCUGAAAACAGCCAGUGAUGGA